GCCCUAUCUGGCACCAUCACAAUUACCAUCCGCCAACCGCCGCACCUCAUGAGUCAUGAUUCAGAUCACAAUCAUCCCAUUCAGUUCGUGUUUAGCCCCUUUGACCGUUGGAUGUGCUUUUAAGUACUUUCUUGUGUCAGGUCAAACUUGCAUUAAUUACGAUUAAUUUACGAUCUAGACAAUCUUGCCUUUUUACAGGGCAAUCUUGGCUUUUUAUAUUUUUUUGUGAGUGGCAACCUGCCCACAGGAGAAGCGCAGAAGCAGGAAGACUCACUCACCAAGGCGUCUCACGGAAACAAUGUUACUGCCAAUUCCCUAGAAAUGGUGAUGGAGGGCUAAAUUGAAAGUGGCAAUGGUUGGAGCAUUCACAGCUCUAUCAGAGACCAGCCCAGCCCAGCUAGUAUCCAGUCUACCACCACCUCCACUCCUGCCUGCCACCCACCAACAGCUGCCUGGCUGUCUACCCUCCCUCAGGCUCCCUGCAAGACUGGUUGGAGCGUGUGCUUGCAGCAGUGGUGUGGGAACGGUGGGGGUCGGGAGGCAAGACAGUAGCAUGGGUGGCCAGUGGCAACAGCAACCAGCCUCAGGUGUGGGAAGGCACAGGUGUGGUGGCAAGGAUCACCUGGAGAUAGGCAGCUCUGGCCACACAGGACAGAGCAGGUUUGAAUGUCAACAGUGUGAUAAGACUUUUACCAGAAAACAAGGCCUCACCACACACACCUUGAUUCAUAGUGGCAUUAGGAACUAUGAGUGCAGUGAGUGUGGGAAAAAAUUUAAGCAAAAAUCUCUACUCAACAGACACAGCCUGAUACACAGUGGUGUUAGGAAUUAUGAAUGUGGUGAAUGUGGGAAGAAGUUUAUCCUAAAUUUUACCCUCACCAAACACAGGCUGAAACACAGUGGUGUUAAAAAUUAUGAGUGUGAUGAAUGUGGGAAGAAAUUCACCCAUAAGUCUUCCCUCACCACACACAGCCUGACACACAGUGGUGUUAGGAAUUAUGAGUGUGGUGAAUGUGGGAAGAAAUUUAAUCUGAAGUCUAACCUCACCAAACACAGUCUUAUACACAGUGGUGUUAAGAAUUAUGAGUGUGGUGAGUGUGGAAAGAAAUUUGCCCUAAAGUCUUCCAUCAUUACACACAGUGGUGUUAGGAAUUAUGAGUGUGAUGAAUGUGGGAAGAAAUUUACUCUAAAGUCUAACCUCACCAGACACAGCCUUACACACAGUGGUGUUAAGAAUUAUGAGUGUGGUGAGUGCAAGAGAAAAUUUACUGUUAAGGCUAACCUCACCAGACACAGCUUGACACACAGUGGUGUUAGGAAUUAUGAGUGUGAUGAAUGUGGUAAGAAAUUUACCCAAAAGUCUUCCCUCACCACACACAGCCUGACACACAGUGGUGUUAGAAAUUAUGAGUGUGGUGAAUGUGGUAAGAAAUUUACCCAAAAGUCUUCCCUCACCACACACAGCCUAACACACAGUGGUGUUAGAAAUUAUGAGUGUGGUGAGUGUGGGAAGAAAUUUGCCAAAAAGUGUCACCUCACCACACACAGCCUGACACACAGUGGUGUUAGGAAAUAUGAGUGUGGCAAGUGUGGGAAGAAAUUUACUCAUAAGUCCAACCUCACCACACACAGCCUGACACACAAUGGUGUUAGGAAUUAUGAGUGUGGUGAGUGUGGGAAGAAAUUUACCCGAAAGUCUAACCUCAUCGCACACAGACUGACACAUAUUGGUGUCAGGAAUUAUGAGUGUGGAGAGUGUGGGAGGAAAUUUACCCAAAAGUCUUCUCUCACCAAACACAGCCUGACACACAGCGGUGUUAGGAAUUAUGAAUGUGGUGAGUGUGGGAGAAAAUUUACCCGAAAAGAUAAUCUCACCACACACAGCCUGACACACAGCGGUGUUAGGAAUUAUGAGUGUGGCGAGUGUGGGAAGAAAUUUCCUACCAUUUCUCGUCUUAAUGAACACGCAUUCAGACACACUGGGUUGAGAGAGUUCAAGUGUGAUGAUUGUGGGAAAUGUUUCAAGACAAGGGCUGAUAUUGCCAGACAUGUGAAGGUACACUUUUGAGGUGUGUGUUGUAUGAGUGGAUGGGGCCACACCUGUGUCUGUGAUGGCAGGUGUGUUUGUGUGCUGUGAGCGAGUAAUGAGAUCAGCAGUUGUUUUGUGAGGGAGUGAUGGCUGCAGCAGUUGUUUUGUUGGCUAAGCAGCAGUGUCUUUCAAUAAAAGUGUGUGUAAAUGUAACAUGAUA